AUGGUAGGGAAAAACAAGGGUUUUACGAAGUUGGUUGAGGAGAAAAUUGGGCACCCCAUUAUGAAAUUGCACUGCAUAAUUCAUCAAGAAAAUUUAUGUGCCAAGAUCUCGAGCUUUGUUCUCAAGAAGGUGAUGACUACUGUCACAAAAAUAGUGAAUUUUGUUGUUGCACACUCUCCUCUUACGCACAGGCAGUUUCAAGCUUUUCUUGAAGAGGUGGACAGUGUGUACAAAGAUAUACCUUUGCAUUGCAGUGUUAGGUGGUUAAGUUGUGGGAAGGUAUUGGAGAGAUUUGUGGGAUGCUUUGAUGAAAUCAAGGUUUUCUUAUCAGAAAAAGGCCAAGACUAUCCUGAGUUGGAAGACGGAGAUUGGAUUGUGAAACUUAUGUUUCUCUCAAACAUCACCAAACAUCUAAAUGAGUUCAAUCUUCUCCUGCAAGGUGCAGGAAAAACGGUAUUGGAUUUGUACGAUAAUUGGAAAGCAUUUGUUGCAAAGCUUGCAAUCUACUCAACAGAUGUGGAAACCGGCUCUUUCCGUUAUUUCAAAAAUCUGAAAAACUUAUCUUCAAUGCAUCCAGUCAACACUUCUGAUCUACAACUGUACAUGCAAGAAUUAAAGUCAGAAUUCUCAAUCAGGUUUCAAGAUUUUCUACACAUGGGCCCAGUGUUUUCAUUUUUAAUCAGACCGGACACCUUUAAAUACAGUGACUUGGACACGACUCUCUUUGAGUGGAUGGAAACUGAGGAAUUAGAAAUGCAGUUAAUCGACUUUCAGGCCUCAACAUUGUGGUCAGCUAAAUUCAAAGAUCUUCGAGAAAUACUGGAAAGCAGUAAGAAUGAUCAUGCAACAUCCAUCUUAAGGUCUUGGGCAUCACUACCUGAUAAAUUCAAUUGCAUGAAGAAAGUAGCUUUUGCACUGCUAUCAGCGUAUGGAUCCACAUAUCAAUGUGAGCAGAUAUUUUCACAAAUGAAGCACAUCCUCAGCCCUCAUCGCAGCAGGCUUACAACGGAUCACUCUGAGGGUUGCGUGAAACUCAAGGUGUCGAAAUAUUCACCUGAAAUUUCAACUUUGGUCAAAGGGAAGCAAGGGCAAGGAUCGCAUUAA